CACACAGACAGGCACACUUAGCCAGUCAGUCACUGACCGCAGCUUUUAUUAUUCUUCUUCUUCUUCAUAUACUUACUUGCUGCUAUUAUUAUAUUAUUAUAUUAUUAUUAUUAUUAUUAUAUUCCGCCUUUUUUUUUUUGGCCGAGAGGAGGGCAGGGGCUUUGCUUUACUUGUCUCACUCGCCGGCCGGCCGGCUGUUCGUCGAUUCCACUGUGCAGACAGAUCUGUUUGUGAUGUUGUCUUGUCUUAGCCGUCCAAGAUCUGAAGCUAUUCGAUCCUUCUUCUUCGAGUCUCCAUGAUGGAAGGUGGAUCCCCAGGUCAUGAAUCAGUAGAGUCAGUGGCAAAAAAAUCAAGUGUUUCUUCAGGUGGUAGGCAUCAGAAUUGGAAGGGGUUCCUUCAUAGGUUUGUCGACAGUGAAAUCCUGACCGCCAACCUUGAGGACUGGUUUGAAGAAAUAACAGAAGAAUCAGCAGAUAGAACAGCUGCCUUUGAUGUCCCUUUUGAGUUGAUAGAUCUUCAAAAGUUUGAUUAUGCAUUGGAAGGGGUUACUUUUCAGCAGCUGAUUCGGAUGCCUAGCGCUGUUUAUGCUUCAACAUCUGGUGCUGUGGAAGAAACUGCUUAUCUUGCUAUUGAGGAUUUCUUACACGCAUGCGUGAAGGGGUUGUGGGAGGCAUUUUGGAGCCAGGAUGAGCCAAUGCCUUUCCAUGUUGCAUGUCUUUAUGAUGCAAACUUGAAAUUUUACCAGGCUGAGAAGGCAAUUUCUAAUGGAAAACUUGGAGGUCUUUGUGCCACAGCUAUAAUGCUAAAAAACCCGAGACAUCCUCAUGGAAAGUGGGAGGAUAUUCUUGAAAUAGCACUUCUUAGGCCUGAUAUUGGGAGCCUUGCAGUGGAGAGUGACCAAAAGGCUUUUUCCUCCGUUAUAGGUGAAGCUCUAUUUUUCGCUCUUCGUAUUUUAUUAUCAAGAAACCUCAGCAGAUCAAAUGUCCCUGCUAGUUCAAAUUCUGUAUAUGUUCUUCUUGUUGAUUCUCAAUAUGGUGGCGUUGUAAAAGUUGAAGGAGAUGUGAAUAAAUUGGAGUGUGAUUUGAAUAAUGUCUAUGGUUGUGCUGCUAAGUGGAUAAAAAAUUAUUCACAGGUUUCAGUUUCCAAUGUUGAUAGGAUCUGGAACAAACUUGGAAAUGCGAACUGGGGGGAUAUUGGUGCUCUACAAGUGCUUUUUGCAACUUUCCAUUGCAUCAUGCAGUAUGCUGGAAUGCCCAAGAACUCAGUUGAAGAUUUAGCUGCUGACCACAGUUUACGGCUCCAUACCAGAAGAACUGAAAGGCAGCUGGGAGAUAGCAGAGUAAAUGGAAAUGGUUUAUUCCGGCUCCAGCAGCGCAGUGUUUCUCCUGAAAUUGUUGAGGUGCAGGAGGAAUCUGUCAAAUUGGAGUCUGAAAAAUCAAUGAAGCUAGAUAUAGGGUCUGUUCUAUGGUUGGAGGAUUCAAAUUGGCGAAAAGGUUAUCAGAUCAAUGAAGUUCUGAAUGAUGGUGAAAUUAUGUAUUAUAUUGGGUCUUCAGUGGAAGAUCCUGGAAAUUCUUUAUUUCUGUAUGUUGGUUCGCAUCCUUCUCAGUUGGAACCAGCGUGGGAAGAUAUGAAGUUGUGGUAUCAAGUUCAGAGGCAAACUAAAGUAUUGACAGUUAUGAAACAAAAGGGUCUGUCCAGCAAGUAUUUGCCGCAGCUGAGUGCAUCUGGCAGGAUAAUACAUCCUGGCCAGUGUAGACCAAAUGAAGGCGGCAACUGUGACCAUCCUCUGUGUGGGACGCCAAUUCUUGUGACAAGUCCAGUUGGAAAAACAGUAGCUGAAAUGGUAAGAAGUGACCAAUUCGGCACGGAUGAGGCUAUUAGGUGUUGCCAUGAUUGCUUAUCUGCACUUUCAACUGCUGCUUCUGCUGGAAUUCGGCAUGGGGACAUCAGGCCUGAGAACAUUAUUUGCGUGAAAUCUGGUUUUGGCCAACCUUAUUAUGUCCUCAUUGGAUGGGGGCAUGCCAUUUUAGAAGAGAGGGAUCGCCCAGCGAUGAAUCUUCAUUUCUCAUCCACUUACGCUCUUCAGGAGGGGAAAUUGUGUUCAGCUUCUGAUGCGGAGAGCCUUGUCUAUCUGUUGUACUUCUCAAGUGGUGGGGAUUUUCCAAACUUGGAUUCGGUUGAAGGGGCACUGCAAUGGAGAGAAAACUCUUGGUCAAAACGGUUGAUCCAGCAGAAGCUUGGGGAUAUCUCUGCUGUCCUGAAGGCAUUUGCCGACUAUGUUGAUAGUCUAUCUGGGACACCAUAUCCCAUGGAUUAUGGUAUUUGGAUAAGAAGGUUGAGGAGACAUAUUCAUGAGGAUGAUUACGGGAAGGAAGUUGACACAUCAGGUUAGAUUCAUUACAGCGGUUGAAUUGAACUUAUUGAGACCCGGAUAUUUUCAAUCUAUGAAUUGGGACGGCUUUUUGGAAAUUUAGCAAGUAUCUGAAGGUUUGAUUGGCGUGUCUAAUUUAUUGAAUUAUAUGGAGUUGGCAGCUUAAUUUCAAUUCUGGUUCUGUUGAGUAGCUGGAAGAAUAGUGGACGAUUGUUGUGCUCGAUGAUGAUGUUCCUGGCUCUUCCAUAUUCUGUUUCAGAGAAGAAAAGUCGAGUUGUUUAGGUUCUUUUUCAGAAAACUGAGAUUGCAUUGCUGUAGCUGGCUGGAAGUCAUAGCAUCACCAGUGACCUCUUCUCUUGUAUUUUCCAAGUCCUGGUGGUAUGGUAGAGAAUGAAUCUAAAUUAUCAUUUAUUUCUGGUGUCAUUAUGAGCUGGUAGGUAAUGGAGACUGCGAACAUCUGUAUUUCUUGUAAAGGUAAAGCGCCAUUUCAAUUGUUUUGAAUUUUGCGGUUUGUUUGGGUUGA